AUGGCACCUAGCAACACCACACCGUUUGCUUUGUGUUCAGUCCUUGAGAAGGACAAGCUGAAUGGAACAAACUACAUGGAUUGGAUCCGUAACCUGAGAAUUGUUCUCAGGGCUGAUAAAAAGGAAGAUGUUUCGGACACCCCAUUACCGGAAGAACUCAUUGAUGAUGCACUGCUGCCAUUAAGAAUGCUUACAAGAAAGCAUAUGCAGUUUGAAACAAAUCAUGAGGCGUACGAUAUGAUCGUGGCGCUUAGAGACAUGUUCCAGACACAGGCUAGGACUGAAAGGUUCAAUGUGUCUAAGGCUUUUGUGGAAAGCAAGCUAGCAGAAGGCGCAGCAGUAGGGCCACACGUAAUCAAGAUGGUUGGUUACGUUCAACGGUUGGAGAAGUCGGGCUUCCCAUGGGCCAAGAGUUGGCCACCGAUUUCAUUCUUUCGUCUCUUCCGCCUAGCUAUGGGAACUUCAUCUCGAACUACCAUAUGCAUGGGGUGGAGAAGGCUUACGCCGCCUGGAACACCUCAGAGAAACGGUGUAUCCGAGCGACGUAAUCGAACCUUGUUGGACAUGGUUCGAUCAAUGAUGAGCCAGUCAGACCUACCAUUAUCAUUCUGGGGAUACGCUCUUGAAACAACAACUUUCACACUUAACAAGGUACCGUCUAAAUCCGUAGUUAAGACACCAUAUGAGAUGUGGACUGGAAAGACUCCCAGUUUGUCUUUUCUAAAGAUUUGGGGAUGUGAAGUAUUUGUCAAACGACUUCAGUCGGACAAGAUAACACCCAAGUCAGAUAAAUGCAUUUUCGUGGGAUAUCCAAAGGAAACUUUAGGGUAUUAUUUCUAUAACCGAUCAGAGGGCAAAGUGUUUGUCACUCGGAACGGUGUUUUCCUAGAGAAAGAGUUUCUCAAAGGGGAGAAGAAUGGAAAGCCAGUGCGUCUUGAAGAAGUUUGGGAUGAGCCAAUUGGGCAAGAAUCAAUGAGUGAUGCUAGCAUAGUAGAACAAGUUGAGAUACCCACGGCAAGAGAAGUACCACCACAACCACAAAGAAUGACUAAAGAAUUGUUCCUCAUCUAUGGAGGUGAUGAGGAGCUCGUUGUAACAAGUUACACCGAUGCUAGUUUCCAAUCAGACAAAGAUGAUUCAAAGUCACAAUCAGGAUUUGUGUUUACGAUAAACGGUGGUGCUAUUAGCUGGAAGAGUUCCAAGCAGGAGACGGUGGCUGAUUCUCUGAUUGUUUGA